AUGGCGUCUUUCAUAGCGACGAACACCAGCACGACGACGAGCAACGGCUUCGUUUUCCCGGGGACCGACGACGAACUCUUCGUUCCGCUGAACGUCUACAUCUAUGCGACAGGCUCAGGCUUCGUUGGCGUCACCGGUUCCGGCGGCGGGACAGUCCAGAACAACGGCGCCGUCGUGGGUCACGACGCAGGCAUCUCGUUGGGCGCCGCCAACCAAGCGACGACCAUCCUCAACUUCGCGGCGGGCACCAUCGGGUCGACCGCCGGCGAUGCCAUCGACGUCGUCGCCACCGGUUCGGAGGGUCUCGUCGACAUCCAGAACGACGGCAUCGUGAACGGCGCGAACAUCGCGAUCAGUGUCGAUGGCGCCGGGCAGGUGGUGAACAACGGGCUGGUUUCCUCAGCAGGCAUCGGCAUUACCCAGUUGGGGACCGCUGCCUCGACCGCCCUCUUCUCGCUCGUCAACGGUGCGACCGGUGUGAUCGUCGGUGGCUACAACGCCCAAGGCAGCCUGAUCACCGAGCAGGUGAACAAUAGCGGCAUCGUAAAUGGAGCCAUUGCGCUGGGCGACGCCGAUGGCGCCUCGUUCACCAACCAGGCGGCCGGCCGCCUGACGGGAGCAGCCGUCGGCAGCGGCGGCUCCGUCACGUUCGGAGAUGGUGACGGCGACAAAUUCCUGAACGUCGGCACGAUGGGCGCCCUGGUCUGGGGCAAUGGCGACGCUGCCUACGCGCUGAACUACGGCGUCAUGGGUGGCAUCACGCUGGGCGACGGCGACGACGCAUUCUUCGGCAAUGCCGGUACCAUCAACGGCGACGUACAGCUCGGCAACGGUACCGGGCAGAUCUUCGAUUCCACCAUCGGCCGGAUCUACAACACCGCCAGUCCGAACGGCGCCACCAUCACCGCGGGCUCCCAGGGCGCCGUGAUCGUCGGCGCCCUGAAUGGGGGCCAGCUUGUCGGCGGUGCCGGCAACGACGUGCUGAUCGCCAACCAGACGGAUCAGGUCGGCUACAACAUCCUGACGACACUGGACGGACAGGGCGGCAGCAACGCGCUCUAUGGCGGCCAAGGCACCAACGUCUUUCUGUCCGGCGAUGCGACCUACAACCAGAUCUGGGGCGGCGCGGCGGCCGUUCCCGCCAACGGCUUCACGAACAACACCGUCGACUAUGCGGCGGUGACCGGCGCCGGGCGCGGCAUCUAUGUCGACCUGCUGAACGGCCACAACGCCUAUAUCAUCGACAACGGCUCCUAUACGUUCAUCGAUUCGAUCGUGAACGUGCCAAACGUCAACGGCACCGCGGGCGUCGACAUCAUCCAGGCCGGCGCCGGGCUCAGCGUCAUCGAAGGCCGCGGUGGCGGCGACCAACUGUACACCGGCACAGGCGCGGACACGUUCGUCUACACGAGCUACGGCGACAGCAACCUGGUGACCGGCUACGACACGAUCUCGGGUUUCCGCAGCGGCAUCGACAAGAUCGACGUCUCGGCGUUCGGCCUGACGAGCAGCCAUGCGCUGAUCCAGUCGAACGCGACCGACACGGUGCUCUAUCUCAAGACCACGUCGGGUGACUUCAACCCGGCGACCGAUCUCGCGAUCUCCUUCACCGGCGCCAAUGCGCUCGCGACGUCGGACAUUGCCUUUGCGUCGAGCGAGCCCAAUGGCUGGUCGUUCUACGACUACAACAACUAUUUCGGCACCGGCUAUCCCGAUCCGAGCUAUAUGCCGACCGGCACGACGGAGUUCACGGGCUACAUCAAUGUCGGCAUCGUACUCGAGCGGGCGCACGAUCCGACCGGCAUGCUGCAAGACGACUGGGGCACGCGCCAGAAGGCGCUCGCCGCGCUGGGCGACGACCCGUUCGGUUACUACGGCGCAAGUCAGGAAUCGUAUAGCGACCUGAUCAAUGCGCUGGGAGAGCUGGAUAUUCAUCUCUCGACCAACCCGGCCUACGAGUCGGGAAGCGAAUCGCGUACCGCCUGGGUCAAGCUCUCGGCCUACGAUUUCGGGAAACUGUUCGGGCAGGAGUUGCUCUACCGGAACGGCGACAGCGGCGCGAUCUACUGGAACGGAAACCUCGCGCUCAAUUCGAAGGUCGCAGAUCUCGGCACGGUGAAAGGCCUGUCGUUCGACAUCGAUUAUGGCGACGUCCAAAUGGCGGGCAUCGACCUGCCCAACAAGGUCCUGCCGGACGGGGCCACGGCCCAAGGGGUCCAACUCACGGACGGACGCCAGGGCGCGGGCAACGACACAACCGCGGUGACGGCGGCUCGAGCUAUUCGACCGCCCAACGGACUCACGAACACCGCCAAUUCGCGCGCCAGCGAAUACACCGUCAUCGUCGGCGGAACCUCGAUCAGCACCGGCGCCAUGGCGGCAGCCGAUCCGACGCUGAAUGGCAGCGACUCCGUCUACACCAACUACGUGCUCCCGGCGCUGGCGGGCGACCCUGCCGUGCUUUGGCAGCUUGUCGCCGGCGGACUGUCAGUCAUGCCGACCGUCGCCACGGACGAGUCUUGGUUCUCGGAGGCCGUCUGGAACCGCUACAGGCUCAAAUCGGAUGGCACGCUCGAUCCCAGCUAUCUCGGCAACGAGUCGGGCAAUGGCGGCGUCGACUAUACCCAGCCGACGCCCUGGUACCAGGACGCGCUACUGCCCUUCUCGCCGCCGGUCACGACCGACGCGGCGCACGCAACGGGGCGGGGCGUGCCGGACGUGUCGGGCCUGGCGAGCGGCAACAUGGAUUAUGCGGCAAUUCUUGCGGGCAGUAUCAUGGCCCUGGGCGGCUGUACGCUCGGCAAGACCGAGACCGCCGCGGCGCCCGUGAAGGCGCCGGCGGCCGACUACCAGGCACCCGUGCCGCCGUCGCCUCCCGCGGGUCAGAUCCGGGCCAUCUGCUACAACGAAGACCGACCUCACGACCGUGCGCUCGCGCAUGGUUCAGCAGGAAUUGCAGGUCGUGACGCUGCAGUGCCAGGGCCCCGGUGGACGUCGUGCGUACGAGACGGUCUAUGCCGACUUCGUCGGCAAGUUCAAAGCCGAGUUCGCGACCAACGCCCGCUCGCUCUCGCAGCGGCGCCCCUGCUUGCGGCGGCCGGCGCCGCCGUGAUCGUGGCCGAUCUGGCCGAGGGAUCCAAAGAGGCCGCCGCGGGCCGCUUCGUCACGCAUGACGUUGCAUCCGAGGAAUCCUGGCAGUCGCUGCUUGCAGACGUCCUGCAGCGCGAAGGCCGGCUCGACAUCGUGGUCAACAAUGCCGGCGUCUCCGGCGGUCCCGGCAACCCCGAGAACACCACCGUCGAGAACUGGCAGAAGGUCCAGGCGAUCAAUUCCGAGGGCGUGUUCCUCGGCUGCAAGUACGCCAUCCAGGGCAUGAAGCAUCUCGGCGCCGGCAAGGCCGCGUCCGGCGGUUCGAUCGUAAACAUCUCCUCGAUCGCCGGCCUGGUCGGCGGCGCCGGGCCGACCGCCUACACUGCCAGCAAGGGCGCGGUGCGGCUGUUGAGCAAGAGCGUGGCUCUCUACUGCGCGGAACAGAAAUACGGCAUCCGCUGCAAUUCGGUGCAUCCCGGCGGCGUCGAUACCGCGAUCUUCAAUCCGCUGUGGCAGGCGGUCGGCCGCGAGCAGGGCAAGGCCUUCCUGGACUCACGCCACCCGAUCGGCCGCAUGGCCGAGCCGCAGGAUUUGGGCGAGUUGGUGCUGUGGCUGGCUUCGGACCGCUCGUCCUUCGUCACUGGCGCGGAGUUCACGUCGGACGGCGGCAUCACCGCCGGACUGCAGAGGAGGUCGCUCCUUGCCCCGUCUUGA